AUGAACUGCAUUCCCUACAUAUUUUCCGCAGCUCUUUUUCCACAAAAUAGUCAUUGCAUGAUGUGGAGUUCCUUAUCUGGCUUUAGUAGUACAUCGUGGAGAGGAUUUUCACGUGGUAGCUCUAAAGUUUGUAAGCUGGAUUUUGUCUUGACGGGAUUUCAUUUUCAUUGCUUUUCUACUCGCCGCUCGCGGACUCGUCCGUUGCCAAUGGAAGAUUCCCAGCCAUCAAUGGUGGAAGAAAGUAAUGCAUUUUAUGUUGUUCGGAAAGGGGACAUUGUUGGUAUCUACAAAAGUUUAAGUGAUUGUCAAGCUCAAGUUAGCGUGUCGGUGUGUGGUCCUCCUGUCAGUGUAUACAAAGGUUAUGGUUUACGUAAAGAAACAGAGGAGUAUCUUGCUUCCCGUGGACUAAAAAAUCCUUUAUACAGUGUCAACGCAUCAGACGUGAAAGAGGAUUUGUUUGGAGCCCUGUUGCCUUGUCCUUUUCAGCAACCAGAUGGACUUGCUGAUAUAUUGCCUAAAAAGGUGUCUUCACUGAAAAGAACAAAGGAUAUGCAAUCAGAUGGACUUGCUGAUAUAUUGCCUAAAAAGGUGUCUUCACCGAAAAGAACAAAGGAUAUGCAACCAGAUGGACUUGCUGAUAUAUUGCCUAAAAAGGUGUCUUCACCGAAAAGAACAAAGGAUAUGCAACCAGAUGGACUUGCUGAUAUAUCGCCUAAAAAGGUGUCUUCACCGAAAAGAACAAAGGUUAUGGAAACAGCUGGAUCUGGUUCUGUGUCAACUGAACAGUCAAAUAAACAUCUCAAACAAAAGUCUUCAUUGGAGGCAAAAACAAUAUCUCAUCCUGAUGUGUCUUGUAUUAUUGAAUUUGAUGGUGCUUCAAAAGGAAAUCCUGGAAAAGCUGGUGCUGGAGUAAUUCUUCGCAAUUUGGAUGGAAGUGUGAUCUCCCGACUUCGAGAAGGCUUGGGUGUUGUGACCAAUAAUGUUGCUGAAUACCAAGCGUUGCUUUUAGGAAUGAAGUUUGCCCUAAAGAAAGGAUAUAAGAAAAUUCAAGCGCAGGGAGACUCCAAAAUAGUUUGUAUGCAGGUAGAAGACCUCUGGAAAACCAAGAAUGCAACUAUGGCUGCCUUGUGUCAAGAGGCUAAGGCACUCAAGGAGUCAUUUUUGUCAUUCCAUGUCAACCAUGUUAAAAGGGAGUUCAAUUCUGAUGCUGAUGCACAAGCAAAUUUAGCUGUAGACCUCCCGACUGGAGAAGUUACCGAGGAGCUUGACUAAGUUUAACGGAUUCAAAUUAGAGAACACGGUUUGGUUCUGCUUAUGGUAAAAACUGACCAAUGCCUAACUUGAAGACAAAGGAAGACUGCAUUCGUGCAUCUGCUGAAGUUUGUCCACUUUCUAUCAAUUUCUCGUCUAAUGAUGUUAUGUGUAAACCUUAUACCAUGAAGCAGGAGGGACGACUUGAUUACGAUGCAGACCCUACUUUAAAGAUAUUCUAAGCAUGUAUUCGACUGUGUUGGCUUCUGUUUGAGCUUUUAAUUCCCAA